CAAGGAAUAACCUUAGCACUGCAAUCUGCUGCUGACAACAAAGGACCUUCCUGCUGUUAUGACCUUAUUGAUAUCCCGCGCACUGGCUGAUCCCAACACAUAUGUUCGUGGAAAGAGGAUCAAUGCUGGCAUCUGAUGAAGAGGAAUAUGACCUGGUUCGUGAGGGUGUUGUUAUAUUCACUGGAGCACUAGCAAAUCACUUGGCAAAAGAUGAUCCUAAAGUCCAUAAUGUUGUGGAAAAGCUGUUGGAGGUGUUGAACACACCAUCAGAAUCUGUGAAACGAGCAGUCACAACAUGCCCUUCUCCACUUGUGCUAUCAAAGCAAGAGGAUGCCCCUGCCCUUUUUUUGAGGCUCUUGGAUAAGCUAAUGAAGAGUGAUAAAUAUGGUGAGCGUAGAGGAGCAGCUUUUGGUCUUGCGGGAGUAGUUAUGGGCUUUGGAAUUUCUAGCUUGAAGAAAUAUGGUCUUAUAGUCACUUUGCAAGAAGCACUUAAAUUGACAGAGUUAAAUAGUGUGGAGAAGAAGAAGAAGAAUCUCUUCAGGCUAUGUCCGUUUUGGCAGAGGAGAAGCACCACUUCUUCAUCUUCGUCUUCAACACAGGAUCCAAACCAAAACUACCGUAGCCGCCAUGGACAUCGGAAUACAGAUGUUUCCCCCGUCUCUACACCUUCCUUGACUAUGUCUUCCGUCGCGAGAUCACUUCUUCCAGCUCGCCGUCGUCUCCGACUAGAUCCUUCAAGUUAUCUGUAUUUCCCUUAUGAACCUGGUAAACAAGUGUGUAGCGCAAUCAAGCUUAAGAAUACUAGCAAAUCUCAUACUGCAUUCAAGUUCCAAACAACGGCACCUAAGAGUUGUUAUAUGCGUCCUCCCGGAGGUGUUUUGGCUCCAGGAGAGAGUGUUUUUGCUACUGUUUUCAAGUUUGUGGAACAUCCAGAGAACAAUGAAAAACAGAAGUUGAACAAGAAGAGCAAGGUUAAGUUUAAGAUUAUUAGCCUGAAAGUUAAACCAGGAGUAGAGUAUGUGCCUGAGUUGUUUGAUGAGCAAAAGGAUCAAGUAGCAGUGGAGACAGGGCCUCGAGUGGUCGGGGAGGGUCUUGUCAUAGACGAAUGGAAGGAGAGAAGAGAGAAGUACCUUGCUCGGCAACAAGUCGAAGCCAUAGAUUCUUCGUCCUAUGUGUUCUUUGGUGAUAGAGCCAAAGGAUAUGUUUCGUUACAUAGAAUUGCUCCUUCCUGAGGUUAGAAAGGUUCUUGUGGAUCCAAUUCCCGAGACUUCUAAUCAUUCUCUAAAGAAAGGAUUGGCUGGUAGAGAAACUACAAAUUUGGGGAGAAGGGACAUUGCAAAGUUGACCAAGAAAGCUGAAAAAGGAAAAACGGCAAAGGAAGAGGCAAGGAAACGGCAAAAAAGUCUUUCGUUGGUGCUUCAUGCCCUUGGGGAGAUGGGUCUUGCCAAUCCUGUGUUUUGUCACAGCCAGUUACAGUUUUACAUAUCCAUAUGCUAUAAAGUGAAUGAAUAGAUUUCAGAAACAAUUAUUUUUCAUUCCUCGGCCACUGUCACUGAUACUCCUUAUGUUUAUUUACAUGAAUAUUAUUCUUUUGGCA